CCGAAAUGAAUGAAGAAAGCUUGAAACAAAGCCCACCUUCCAAUUUCCAAAUAGAAAAUUGUACGCAAAGCAGACAAAAACAAGCAUUCAACAACGUCCUUUCCCUUCUUUUCCUUUUUCUUCUUUCUCUUUCUCUCUCAGCUUCCUCUCUAUCCACUCAACCUCUUUUGAAGUCUCUCUCUCUUUCCUCACGGGUUCUGUGCUCUCUUCCCUUGCACAAAUAAUUCAAGUUUCAAGCACAAAUUGGCUGAUUGAGUGAGGGGGAGAGGGAAGAGCUUUCUUUCUUUCCUUCUUUCUCUUUUAAAUUUUCUUCAGCCUUGAGGGUUUGGUUAGUAAAUAUGGGCAGAAGAAUUUGAGAGACUGAGGACCAUAAUUGAUCUUGAAGACAAAUACUUUUGUGGGUUGUUGAAUUUGUGAGAGUUGGCAGAGCUUAUUUAUAGCUAAGAUGUUUGGGUGUGAAUCUUGGUGUUGGAGCAGUGAGUUUGACUAUGAGUUGUAUGAUUACUCUGAGCCAGAGCCCUUCUCUCUGCCUUCACCUCUCCCACACUGGCCUCAAGGCAGAGGUUUUGCUACUGGAAGAAUGUGCCUAGGAGAAAUUGAAGUUAUCCAGAUCACCAAGUUUGAGAGCAUCUGGAGCUGUAAUCUGUUGCAUGGAAAAUCAAAAGGUGUCACAUUUUACAGACCUGCAGGGAUCCCUGAUGACUUCUUUUGCCUCGGUUACUACUGCCAGCCCAAUGAUCAGCCUUUGAGAGGGUAUGUUCUUGUGGCUCGUGACACGGUUGCCACAAGUCUGGAAGAUGGUUGUACCCAAGACUCAGUAUUAGAGUUACCAGCUUUGAGAAAGCCUGUUAACUACUCAUUAGUCUGGAAUGCGGACUCAAAUAAAAAUGGGUGUGGUUAUAUUUGGUUGCCAAACCCACCUGUGGGUUAUAAGGCCAUGGGCUUUGUGGUCACUGACAACUCCGAGGAGCCCAGACCUGAAGAAGUGAGAUGUGUACGAGAAGAUCUUACAGAGGCUUGUGAAACACGUGAUCGGGUACUUGCCAUGGAUUCAAAGUUGUCGGAGGAGCAAUUUCAGGUGUGGAACACAAGACCCUGCAAACGGGGUAUGUUGUGUAGUGGUGUUUCAGUUGGUACAUUCUUUUGCAGUACCUACCUGGAUUCUGAUGAUGAACUAGAAGUUGCGUGCUUGAAGAAUAUUGAUUCGUCCCUACAUGCAAUGCCAAAUCUGAACCAGAUUCAUGCGCUCAUUGAGCACUAUGGCCCCACGGUAUUCUUCCAUCCUGAUGAGGUUUAUUUGCCAUCAUCAGUGCAAUGGUUUUUCAAAAAUGGGGCACUUUUGUACCACGAAGACUCUGGGAAUGGUGAACCCAUUGAUUACAGAGGCUCCAAUUUGCCUAGUGGAGGGGAAAACGAUAGUGAUUUUUGGAUAGAUUUGCCAAAUGACGAUGAUGCUAGAAAUCAUCUCAAGGGCGGAAACAUAGAGAGUGCGGAGCUAUAUGUUCAUGUAAAACCGGCUCUAGGGGGAACUUUUACUGAUAUUGCUAUGUGGGUGUUCUGUCCUUUCAACGGACCAGCCACCAUUAAGAUUGGUUUAGUAAGUAUUGCAAUGAACAAGAUAGGGCAACAUGUUGGUGACUGGGAACACUUCACUCUACGAGUGAGCAACUUCACAGGAGAACUCUGGCAAGCGUAUUUCUCAGAGCACAGUGGUGGUAGAUGGGUGGAUGUUUCUGACUUAGAGUUCAUUGAAGGGAAUAAGCCAAUUGUUUAUUCUUCAAAAUAUGGUCAUAGUAGCUACCCCCAUCCUGGAACCUACCUUCAGGGGUCAUCGAAGUUUGACAUUGGAGUGAGGAAUGAUGCUGCUCGGAGCAAGUUUUGUAUUGAUUCGAGCACCAAGUAUCAAAUUGUAGCAGCUGAGUACCUUGGUGAUGGUGUUAUUUCGGAACCAUGUUGGUUGCAGUAUAUGAGUGACUGGGGUCCUACCAUUGUGUAUGAUUCUCGAUCGGAACUAGAUAAGUUGAUUGAUCAUCUUCCAUUCUUUGUUCGAUUCUCAGUGGAGAACCUAUUUGAUUUGUUUCCUACUCAACUCUAUGGAGAGGAAGGGCCAACAGGCCCUAAGGAAAAGGACAAUUGGUUAGGAGAUGAAAGAUGCUAAUGAUUUUCUUUCCUUGGUUUUCUUUGGGUAACCAUGCAAGAAGUUUUUGCAUCUUCGAGAUUGUCACAGUCCCUUUUACCUUCAAGGGUUUGGGAAAGUAGGAUAAUAUUGCAAGAUAUUGAGGUGGUGGAUGCACUCUCUGUUUGAAAUGUCAAUUGCAUGUGUAUGCAGCAGACUUGCGACUACUUAACAGUCAUAGGGUGUGGUAUAUUAUUAUUCACUACAGCCGAGUUUCCCUUGGGCAGACAAUAACUUAAAUCCAAUGUAUACAGCUAGGUUCAUCCAAUACAAUGCAGAGCAUGCUGCAUGCAGAAUAAACAUUCUUAAAGAAAUCCCUGCACAAUUUUUUUUCUUUGUUUA